CUCGCAAUGCCUGCAGAUUUCAAUGGUUACUGGAAAAUGCUCAGCAAUGACAAUUUUGAGGAAUACAUGAAAGCAUUGGAUGUAAAUGUUGCUGUGAGGAAAAUAGCUAGCCUGCUCAAACCUGACAAAGAGAUCAUCCAGGAUGGAGAUCACAUGAUCAUCAAAACAGGGCUGGAUGAUCGCAAAUGCAUGACCUGUGUGACGUGGGAUGGAGAUAAACUUCUUUGUGUUCAGAAAGGAGAAAAAGAAGGCCGUGGAUGGACCCAGUGGAUUGAAGGAGACGAAAUGCAUUUGGUUGUCAAGUUACCGGAUUCAAAAUUGGAGCUGCAGACCUAA